GACCCCGUGACGUCACGGCGCGGUGACGUAGCAGUCGGCGGCGGCUGCGGCGGCAGCGCGCGGGGGGCUGCGAGGGGCGGUCGCUGCUUCUCGCGAGAGUUCGGGCUCUGCAGUUGUGCUCCAGCUUGUCUCUGGUUGAGGUGUGAGUUCCCCUGGCCCCUCCGUGGUUCCCAGCAUGUCCCUGAGCAGCGCUGCCCGUGCCCAGAACCUUCUGUGUGCUGGGAUCCGGUGGCUCCCGCUGAUCCAGCAGCACUCCAGAGGCUUCUCUUAUAAAGCCGUGGUCUUUGAGGAGAGCGGGGUGUUGCUCCCAGCCCCUCACAGGACAGCCACAGACUGGGAGGCCCGGAGCUGCAUUCCAGCCGGCACCAUCCAGCAAGCUGCACUGUCUGGAGGGGAGAGCAGCCUCUCUCUGCAGUAUUCCAGAGGAGAGCUGACAGCUGUGGAGUUCCUGCAGGAAUUGGGACAGCAGUGCUUUGAGAUUGCAAAUGUCCGUGUUCCAGUGCACUCCUUUCUCUGGGAUUUAAUCCGAAAGGAGAUGAGAAAACAGCUCCCCAUAAUGGCAGAAGCAGCUCAGUGUAUCAGGGCAGAAGGGCUUAAAACAGCUUUGCUGAGCCACAGCUUGUGCCUGGGGGAUGGAGAGAGGUUCCUGCCCCUGGACCAGCAGCACUUUGAUGUGAUGGUUGAAUCACAUCAGGAAGGGGUGCCCAGGCCAAAUCCUGGGAUCUACAAGCUGUGCUUGGAGCGCCUGGGUGUCCAGCCCCAGGAAUCCAUCCUGCUGGACAGCAGCAGCCAAAACCUGAAGGUGGCAGCCCAGCUUGGCAUGAAAACAGUGAAGGUUGAUGAUCCAGCAGCAGCACUCAAAGAGCUGGAAACCCAUCUGGGAUUUCCUUUGCAAGGGUUUGUUCCUUAUACUUGUUCAGUGAGACCAGGCAUGGAAAUCCCAAAGGAUCGUCUGCAAAAGUACCUUGAGGAUGUUCUUGGUGCCCACCCAACAGCCCCACUGCAGUUACGGCAGUUUGACCACGGAGAGUCCACCCGGAGCUAUUUGGUGAAGUUUGGAGGUCGUUUGCUGGUGCUGAAGAAGGAGGAGGAGCCUCCCGAUGGCCCCUCAGGCCCUUCUGUCCUAAGGGAAUACAGGGUCCUGAAGACUCUGGCUGAGGCUGGUGUUCCUGUGCCCCCUGUGCUUGCUCUCUGUGAGGACAGAAGCAUCCUUGGCACUCCUUUCUUCCUGCUGGAGCACUGUGCUGGCCACAUCCACCGCGCCGUGUCCCUGCCCGCGGUGCCGCCGCGCCGGCGCGGGGCCUGGUACGGGGCCAUGGCAAACGUCCUGGCCAGGAUCCACAGCCUGGACCUGGGAGCAGCCAAGCUGCAGGACCUCGGGGAGCACGGAAAUUAUAUCCAGCAGCAGGUUGAGACCUGGACAAAGCAGUAUCGAGCUGUGGAAACUCAGGUGAUCCCAGCGAUGGAGAGGCUCAUCCAGUGGCUGCCUCUGCAUUUUCCUGAAUCCCAGAAGACAACAGUGGUGCAUGGUGAUUUCAGGAUGGACCACCUGGUCUUUCAUCCAGACAGGCCAGAAGUCCUUGCUGUGCUGGGCUGGAAGUUUGCUACUCUAGGAGAUCCCCUGUGUGAUCUGGCGAAUAACUGUAUGAGCUUCUUCCUGCCAGCCCACUUUGGUGCUCGCAGAGGCUUGAGGAAGUGUGACUUGGGGCACCUGGGGAUUCCCACAGCAGAGGAGUAUUCCCAGAUGUACUGUGGCCACAGGGGAGUGGAGCACCCAGAGAACUGGAAUUUCUACCUGGCCUUUGCCUUUUUCCGCCUGGCUGUGAUGCUGCAGGGACGUCACCGUGGCUCCCUGGCAGGGAGGCCAGCUCCAGGUGACAGCAGCCCCAAGGACGCAGAGUUUGUGGCUGAUCUGGCUUGGGAUUUUGCUGUUAAAGAAGGAUUCCGUGUGUUUGAGAAGCUCCCCCCCACAAAGCUGUUCCUGCGACAUUCCAGCACCUGGGCCGGGCGAGGGCCUCUCCUGGGCAGGAGUUACAGCACCUGGGCACGGCCUGGGGCAGCCCCUGUGCCCACAGCCCCCCUGGUCACUCUCCCCAGCAGCCUGGUGGGGAUGGCCCCCGGGCUUUGCUGCAAGAUGGAAAAUAUGGGCAUCCAGUGGGGCUUUCCAGGUUCCCAUUCCAGAGGGACUGCACGUCCUCUGCCACAGCUGCAGAGCCAUGGCUGCCCGUCAGAGGGGCAGCACCAGGGGCACCGGAGCUCUCAUGGGUCUCAUCCUCUUCCCCCAGGCACAGAAUGCCAGGACCAAGGCAGUGGCACUGAUGGCUGCACAGGGCACCAAGGUCCCUGGAGCAAAACAUCUCCACAGUGCAGAUCCCAGCCCAGCACUUCCCUUGGACCUGAGCUCCAUGUCUGGCUGAGGGUCCCCAGGGGUUCACAGGACAGGACUCUCCAAACCAGAGCUGAGCCAGGAGCUGCAGCACUGGGAAACCUCGGAUGGGGACCCAAAGCAGCCACUCUGGCAUGGGAGAGGCUGUGCUGAGGGCAGCCUGUGAGCUCAAUUCCAGUGGUGUUUGGUGUUAUCUGUGCUCAGUGCUUUUAUUGCCUGCCUCAAUACAGGGCCAAGUCCAUCCUUGGAUCAUGAGGCUGCAGGAGUCAGAACUGCAGCAGGGAGAGUUGGUUGGGAGUGACCUGGCUGGGGGCGCACGACUUGGUUUUGGGAAUAAAGAGAAUGGACCAGCA